AGGAUACUGAUGUGCGUCGGGCGCACACUCAACCACGACCAGCGGGAGACACAACCACGCAACGAGAAGUGAGUGCUUACCCUUCGAAGUGAUGGUCGCUUCGCUCUACUCUAUAGCCGGGGGACCAGGCGACGUUGUUGGAGUGGGACACGACGAUAAGAUGCGUGAGCAUCCCGUACACACGAGACUGGAGGGCGAGGAAUGGAAGCCACGGGAAGGGGCGAUGAACCUAUGUUUAGGUCGGUGUAUACAGAGUCGGUGCACUCUGUCGUUAUGUCCGGACGAGGAUGCGUCCAAUAUCCAGCUGUGGGGGGCAGAUGGUUUACGGAGGACACGGUGGACGACUUUCUUUCUCGCGGGAUUGAAUCUGGAGGAUGCGGACCGUCUUGUUCAGUCCCUGGGGGAUGUGUUGCCGCGUCAUAUGUGGUAUUACGCGAGUCGGGAGGAUCACGUCCAUCGAACCGUGGGGGUUCACCAAGUGCUUCACUCGUGCGUAAGCGUAGUCGUAGGGAGUACGGGCUUUCAUCAGCCGAGCGUGCUCAUCGAGGCGGUAGAGACGUUAGUGUCUUCGAGUCUGGACGAGACAUGUCAUUUCGAUGUGUUUCCGUGCCCUUUUGAUUUUAUCGAUCCCGGGGAUGUGCAGGAUAUCGUGUCCUGGGUCGGCUUUGCCGUAGCGUACAUAGGCGAUGGGAAUCGUCGUGGUAGUCGGGACGGUCUACAUCGUUGCGUUUUCGGAGACCCCGACGUGUUGGAGUUGUGUCUCAACCAGCUGGGCGGCGUAGACAUGAGGUCGUUAGCCAUCGAGACGGGACGUAGAUCUUGUCUUCUGGAGUGGGCUCCUGUUCCACCGUUAGAGACAGUUGGAAUGUGCGGCCGGGCCGAACGCCAAGUGGUAAACCUCGAAAAGAGGGCCAGAACUACGUCGAAGCAACUGGAGGUUGGGGAGCGUAGCGACACACCGGAAGGCGGUAGGGAACAUGCGCCCAAGCAUCAACGAGGAACGAAGUGACGAUCAACACGAGCAAAUGCGAGAACACACGGGAGCAACGCGACCGUGAUAACCUCAUAUGAACGAACGUGAAAUGGUAAAGAUGGGUGGAAAUCCCAUCCAACAGGAG